AUGUCUCUUCUUCUUAGCCGGCUACCGAAGCUCUGCUGUGGGAAACCUGGGUUGAUAAGAUACUCUCUUCUGAUUCUGUCUAAUGGUUUCUCAACUUCCUUGCGGCAAACGCCACCUUGUACCAUCAUCACCGCUCGUUAUUGUGGAGAGGGUCUUAAUAAUCUCGUGAUUAUGAAUGCUAAUGGAAAGUGCUGCGUUGAUUUGGAAAAGAAGGUGCCUACGGAGCUGGUGGAGGAGAAUGAUGCAACUGUAACAAUAGGGGCAUCUAAUGGCUGGGUAGCUACCUUUAAGGACGGCGUGGUGCGUCUACAAGAUGAUUUAAACCCGUUUGCAUCGGAUACAAAUCCUAAACGCAUUCCCCUGCCUCCUCUUGUGACUCUGCCUGGUUGCCAAACCCAAGUUGUAACCAACGUAGCCAUGUCCUCACCUUCUCCCGAGGAUGAAGACUGUGUUGUGGCUGUCAAGUUCUUGGGACCGCAACUCAGCUUUUGCAGACCCGCUCAAAGUAAAACUGGUUGGACCAACGUUAGAAUUGAAAACCCCUGCUUCUUCCCCUCCCGUGUCAUGUUUUGCAAGAGAGAUGAUAUGUUUUGCCUACUCGGUUCUGGAGGACACCUGAUUGGAUCAUGGGAUCUCGGUAAACACACGAACAAACCAAAGAUUCAGAGGUUGCGAUUUCAAAACCUUCCCGAGCUGACCAGGAGCAAGCAGGAGCGCUUGCAUUCGUGUUGCACGAGCGAACACUUGGUGGAGUCACGAUCCACUGGUGAAACGUUCUUGGUUAAGUUGUACAGGAAGGCCACCGCCAAUGGUAGGGUGAAAAUGAAAACGAGAGCUCUAAUGGUGUUCAAGCUUGAGGAAGAAGGAAACGCUAUUUACACUCAAGACAUAGGAGGUCUUUGCAUUUUCAUCUCAAAGUGUGAACCUUUUUGUGUCCCUGCUAGUUCCUUUCCGGGCAUGUGCCCUAACAGCAUCGAACUCUUGGAUGUCGACGAAAGGGCCAUUGUCAAUCUUCAUUAUUCUUCAACUUCUAUCAGAAGUGUAAACUAUACGUCGGUGGCCCCUUAUCAUAUUCCACCUCAAAAUAUAGUCUAG